AUAUUUAUCACUUGGACUUUUUUCCUUUUAGUUUUGAUUACGAAGAUGCAGGCUACCAGACUGCAGAACUUGUGAAAAUGGAUAUUCUACUGAAUGGAAAUAAUGUAGAGGAGCUAGUAACUGUUGUACACAAAGACAAAGCACACUCAAUUGGCAAAGCCAUAUGUGAACGGCUGAAGGAUUCUCUUCCUAGGCAACUGUUUGAGAUAGCAAUUCAAGCUGCUAUUGGAAGUAAAAUCAUUGCAAGAGAAACUGUGAAAGCCUAUAGGAAAAAUGUUUUGGCAAAAUGUUAUGGUGGUGAUAUUACCCGAAAAAUGAAGCUUUUGAAGAGACAAGCAGAAGGGAAAAAAAAGCUGAGGAAAAUUGGCAACGUUGAAGUUCCAAAAGAUGCUUUUAUAAAAGUGCUAAAAACACAAUCUUCUAAAUAAUUGGUGGGAAAACAAAGAAUUUUCAUAAAUUAAAAACUAUCUGCUUUUCAUUUCAAUUUGUAAUAUGCUGACAACAGAAUGGUAAUUAUAAAAUUUGCUUGUUACUUUCAGGGUAUUCAGGUUCAAAUAACCUAAGCCUUUCGUUGAAAGGGAGUAAUGAGUGGGUAGAUUAAGAGGUUAGAUUUUGAAGCCAUGUUGCCUGUUCUCAAGUACCUGUUCCAACCACUCACUAGUAAGGUGACCUUUGCCAAAUUAACCUUUGUUUCCUCUUGAGUAAAACAGAGAUUAUAUACUACCUACAUAA